GAGGCGGUGCUUUGCCUCCUUUUUAAAACACCAAAAAACCGAAAAGCCCCCACCGGAAAUCCUCCAUAGCCAACAGCUCCCAUGGACGAUAGUUUCAACACCCGAGUGGACAAAAUCUUCGGAUCGCUCCAAUCAUCUCAAUCUUCACCUCUUCAACAGCAGCGGCCCCCUCUCUGGUCUGUCACCGACGACGAGGUCGAGAGGAGAGAAUGGAGGCGAGAUUCCGCCGCCGAUCGAGAGGAGGUGUUGUGUUCGUCGUCGUUUCGUGAGUUCUUGCAGGAGGAAAGGAGGUAUAGGAGCGGGAGGUUAUCGCGUAAAGAACUGGAGGAUGAUCUCGAUAACGAUGAUGAUGACGAGGAUGAUGGAGAUUCGAGUCAGUCGCGUAGUAGAAGAAUCGACGGUGGUGGAGAUGAAUGGGAGAUCAGAUCUUUUAUAGGAAUGGAUUCCACUCUCGACAAUGAGGAAGAGGAAGAUGAAUAUGACAAAGUGGCCUCAGGUAGAGAAAAUGCUGGUGAACGCCUUUAUAUGAGUGACAUUGCUGACCAUGGGUCUUACUUGAAUUCUCAGAAUGUGCUUCAUAGUGCAUUAAAUCGUACCAGUAAAAAGGCGGUCCCUGCUAAUCGCAUGGCGGCAAGAAUCAGACUGAAAGAAGAUGAUGAAGAAGCUUGGAAGCUCAAUAAUCAUAAUGGGUGUAAUGCUGAAAUUAGAGAAUUAAAUGUUGAGGUAUCCAAUAAUGGUUGCCAAUUGAGGUCUAUAUUGAAAAGGAAAGACAACUGUGUAGGUUUCAAGCCACAAAAGCGUGUCAGGUUUGACCCUGCUUGUAAAAAUGAUUUGGAAGACUCAUCUAUAAAGUUUGAUGAUGAUCCUACUGGCACCUUCCCAAUGAGUUCCCAAGAUUCAGCUUGUGGAUCUUUACCAGCUGAAAAUGCUUGUGCAGUUCGAGAUUAUAUAAAUUUUUCUAGGUAUAAACGUUACAGUUUUGAUUCAUCAAGUGAAGUUGAUGAAGAAUCCAAUGCUCAAGCUUGUAUGGACUUCCUUAAGCUUGUUCGAAAGACAAAACCUAAGCUGGAUGAUGUACCCUGUGAUGUUCCAAAGUCAGUGACUUUUAUCGCAAAGAGAAAAUCAGGCAAUGUUCAACCAGGAAGCUGUAGGGGUGAGGUUAAGCAGGAAGAUGAAAGUAAGAAGUCAUUGCACCUAACAAGGCUCCCUGUGGGCAUUGCAGCAGGUGCAACCCAGCAUUAUAAAGCUGGUGCAACAGAAGAUGAUGAAUCAGAAACAAGUGCAGCUGAUACUGCUGCUGUUGUUCAAAAAUGCAUUCGCAGCUAUCGAGUAAAAUCACGGUCAGAUGAAUCUGAUGUAUAAUGUUGAGCAGCUCCUAACUGUUCCAAGAAUUUGCUUCUGAAAUGUCUUAAGGUGCUUUUGACUGUUUCUCCCGAGUUGUGUUCUCACAACCACAGCUCUUUUACAGAAUGAUGGAAAGUUAGUGUAGAAGCAUUCCAAAUGUUAAAUGAAUAUCUUCUCUUCAUUCUUGAGACUCUUUAUAUUUCGCAUCGCCACUCAACAAGGCUCCAUGUGGGCAUCGCAGCAGGUGCAACCCAGCAAUAUGAAGUUGGUGCAACAAAAGAUGAUGAACCAGAAACAAGUUCAGAGCAGAUAGUACUGCUGUUGUCCAAAAAUGUGGUCACAUUUAUCGAUUAAAAUUACAGUCUGAUGACUCCAGUGUAUGAUGUGGAACUGCUCUUAACUGUUGAAGAGUUUGCUUAAGGUGCUUACGACCGUUUCUCCCUGAGUUGUGUGUUCUUUUAUAAUACAGGAUUGCACAAUGAUGGUAACCUAAUGUAUAAGCAUUCCAAAUGUUAAAUGAUAAUCUUCUUUUGAAUAUA